GUUUGAACUUGAACCAUUGCCACCUACGACCACCUUCUUCCUUUCGACGGCUUUACGGCACGAUACGCAUACAGAAGGCACAGAAUGUCUGCCUUUAACUCUGUUAUCUCGUGCGCAGCAGAAUGGCCCACUGAGAUACAACACCUGGCGUGUUUACUUGACUCUCCAAUCCCCUCACGACUUUCCAACGGCCCAUGCCCAGCUGUCUCUUCUCGGGCAUUUCCUUUGCUCGAGGAGCUUAGAAAUAUUCUGGUAUCUUCACCAGAACAGCUCACUGAGUCUCCCUCGGAAGUACUGGAUAUUUUGGAUUUGGUACUUUCGACCGUUGGCGCACUCAGAGCUCUCUCGUGCGCGUCGAAGGAUAAUGCUACGCAGUCAACGAUAGCGUUUUGGUCUCUUCUGAUACGCUCUCUGGCAUUUGUCUGUUAUGACAAAUCAUAUACAUUACAAGAAGCAGCUUUCGUUCGACCACGGUUAUCGCACGUGCGAAGUUUUAUGGAGGACGGACGUGCUUCAUUGAUUGUGUCUCAUGUGGUGGAAAAUAUUCAACGACCGAAGCCGGUCGUAGACGAUGAAGCUUCGGGGCGCCUGCCUAUCGGGACCGCGGAACGAUCAAACAAACCAUCACAGGAAGAAUGCGACUCGGAAACUUCCUACGACGACGAAUCAUCCUCCGACAGUGACACCAGCUAUGAACGCACGGAGGCUUCAACGGAUCCGACAUCUGCCCAGUCAUCCUACAUUCCCCUUGAUGCCCACGUUCUCGCUUCUUGGCGACACCCGAAUUCUGUUGUUCUCCCGUAUCUUUGUGUCACCGAUGAGGAUGAAAUUUUCAGCCUAAUGAGCGGUGUUGUUUAUCAGCGAUCUACUUGGGGAAUUUCCGAGCCUGUUAUUGGAAUUAUCCUGUCAAAAACAGGGUUCGUGGGCCGAGUGGUACUCGGUUGGCUUGACAAAGUAUGCGUGGACCCUGAUGUUCUACCCGCAGUUCGUUUUGCGCAUGCAGAUGGGACGCGUACAGAUUCCUCGUUAGGAGUGUACGACCUUACCGACCCCGUCAGUGCUCUCAAAUUUGCACAAUUUAUCAUCAGCCUUCGGGCGCAUGUCGAGGGAAUCGUUGCCCAAUGCCAAACUCCGACGUUCAAACGAGUUUCGUGGAGAUCAGAUACCAUCGAUGAUGACGAUUCCGGCUCCGAAGAACAAUGGGAACAAAGGAUUAUUUGUUGGCUAAAUACGGUGGAAAGCGACACCAAUCAAAAAGGAUCUUCCGAUCCUUCGUCACCCAACCAUUAUUCGUUUGUCAUGGAUGACUCUGAACGACGCAUUACGCGGGCUUCUUCCAAGGCCAGGUCUGCACGCCAUCCCAGGCGAUCGAUGUCUGCAGACAGUAAACGUGAACCUCCCCCAGCAGAGCCUGCUCCAUAUCUACCCGAUGUCAACCUCACGUACCCCCGCGAACCUUCCCUGGGAGCUACGCGUUCUCGGACUCCGUCGGGUAGAGCGUCUGCUCAGCCUGACGAACGUGGACGACAAGAAACACAGACCGAUGGUGGGUCUUCUAAUGAUGGAAAGACUGGUAAACGCUCGAAGAGCGCAGGUGCCUUGUCUUGUUCAAGACUGGGCGGGAAAUCCUUGGCUGGUAUAUCCCCUACCGCCAAGCUCUCUUUCUCCAGCUAUGCACAUGACCGCAAAGUCAUCAGUUUAACCAAUGUACCGUUACAAAAGAAUGUCGAAGGAAAGGAGGAAUCGGAUACUAAGAAAUCCAAGCCCAGCGAGUUGGACAUUAUCUCGUCCGAGAUCGAUACGAUGCUCCAAUUUUACGACAAAAUGACCCGAUAUUUGAAACCACCUAUCGCUGAGGGACUGCCCGUCGUUGACAAACGGGUCGAGUGUGUGCGAGAGCACUUCCUUAUACAAGCAAGCAAAUGCCCUGAUGGCGAAAAUACCCCAGAGGUUUCUCAACGGCACUGGGGGAUCAUUUCCGGUUGCUUUUCGUCUCUCUUAUGGGCGUCGGUGGGUGGAUACUCGAAAGAGCGAGGCGCCAAAUCUCAGAACGAGGCUGAGGCCCGCCAUGAGUGGGAUGUCCUUCUUAAUCUUGGCUUUGUCAGUGCCCCUGAGCUGGCUUCUGGAAGAGUGGUUUUGGAGAGAGCGUUAUCCCUAUCUCGUAACGUCGCCGCGGAUUUGGUCAAAUCCUCUGUUCAAUUUGACGGCGGAGAAUUCCACGCUGUCGCACAACAAUCGAGCGACAUAAGCCGACGAGUAGAAAACGUGCUGUAUGAACGUGGCAGCUCUUCUAUGAGCGACCUUGUAAUCCAGACAUCACAUGUUGUCAUUACUACUCUGAUGCGACAACGUGCUGUAUCACACCUCUUUGCCGAUGCAGUCACAGCGAAGAACGCCAUUUUGAAGCGCGCUGGAAAUGAGCCGGAGUUCGGUAUUGUGGAUGCGAUCUUGACAAUACCGCUGGGGUAUGGCCAGGAAAACUCGGAGCCCCUUGUUCGUGUUUCAGAAACACGCGAAUCGUUACAAGUUGCUCGGACACUCAACGCAGAUAACAUUGUUGAGCCCACUGAUGACCUUGUGUCUGAAGAGCCAUCAUCGAAGGCGAAGGGUCACGUUAAACACGCCAGGUCUCGACAUGCUUCAGCACGAGCGAAAUCGACGUCCACCUCAAUGGUCGCAAUUCAGGAAGAGCAGGAACCUCCCCAGCGCACAAAGGAUGACGAAAAGAACAAUGCUACUCCGAUCGGAAGGCCAGAGGACUGGAUGCACCCAUUUGCGGUGACCUGCUCCGAGACUAAACUUGCACCCAAGUUGCAGUUCCCAUCUGGAGUGGUGAUGAAUGUCAAGGAGCUCCUUAAUAAACUUCUCUUGGUCGUUCUCGUUGCCGAGUAUAAGAAACCCACUCAGACUUACACGAAGGCUCUUGUGCAGGCCAAAAUGUAUCUGGAAGCUUCGGUUAGGUACGUUGCGAGUCUGGGAGUCAUGAACCAAGGUGUUUUUGCCCUAGUUACCGAUGGCGUCGAAGGGGCUGUGCUCAUGGCGUGGUGUUCGCGUGAAUCUGAGAAUGUUUAUAUCGUUGAGCGCAACAUACGAACUUUCAAUAUCUCCUCGCCCAUUGACGUUUACCAUUUCAUGACGGUGCUUUUACGUCUGCGGGAGUAUGGUGAUACGACGCUGAAGGACGCGGUGGAGAAGGCCUUGCAGGCGGAGGAUUUCAAACAAACGAGCUGGAGCAAGGCGGCACAGUACGCAAGGAUGGAAUAGAUCACAUCAAGUGGGAUUUACGACAUGCUUUCUAAUUGCUAUCGAGGAUUUAAAUGCUACGCUAUAUAUCGUGUACUUAUGAUAGAGAUCUCCGAACUACACCCUU